AUGACCCCACAAACCAUCUCUCCCAGUCCCAACAAACCAUCUCUCCAUGUCCCAACAAACCAUCUCUCCAUGUCCAAACAAACCAUAUCUCCCAGUCCCAACAAACCAUCUCUCCAUGUCCCAACAAACCAUCUCUCCAUGUCCCAACAAACCAUCUCUCUCAGUCCCAACAAACCAUCCCUCCCAGUCCCAACAAACCAUCUCUCCAUGUCCCAACAAACCAUCUCUCCCAGUCCCAACAAACCAUCUCUCCCAGUCCCAACAAACCAUCUCUCCAUGUCCCAACAAACCAUCUCUCCAUGUCCUAAGAAACCAUCCCUCCAUGUCCCAACAAACCAUCUCUCCCAGUCCCAACAAACCAUCUCUCCCAGUCCCAACAAACCAUCUCUCCAUGUCCCAACAAACCAUCUCUCCAUGUCCUUAGAAACCAUCUCUCCAUGUCCUAAGAAACCAUCUCUCCCAGUCCCAACAAACCAUCUCUCCAUGUCCUUAGAAACCAUCUCUCCAUGUCCCAACAAACCAUCUCUCCCAGUCCCAACAAACCAUCUCUCCGUGUCCCAACAAACCAUCUCUCCAUGUGCCAACAAACCAUCUCUCACUGUCCCAACAAACCAUCUCCAUUACAACCAGCAAAGCAUCAUAUCUGUAAGGACUGCAAAACUAACUAGUAUCAGGUCAUACUAUGAUGUGGCUUUUCAACCAACCAACAAACAUCUGAUCAGUUGA